AUGCCUAACUCCGGCACUCACAUCACCAAAUCUCUUACCCUCCGCGUCGACAACCAUCUAGACAGAGACAUCGUCUGUGAGGUUGGCUCAUUCGCAGGAGAAGACCUCGUCAUACCACAUCGAUGGCUCAAGGAGCAUCAACCUACCAUACAUUGGGGCCAGAACAAGGUCACCUUCGACAACAUCAAUUGUCAAGUGAAGGGAUGCUUCAGGACCAUGUAUGAUAUAUACGAAGAAGACCCAGAAGAGCUGGUCAUCAGGCUGUUGAGGACGUCACCCGAGACACAGAUGAUGAUCGAGCAACACCCCUUCUGGGCAAGGGCAUUGGUAGGCGAGGCUCUCGCUAGUGCUAUACCGAUGGAGUACCAGGACUUCGUCGACGUCUUCUCUAAGGAGGGAGCCGAUCGACUACCUGAUCACUCUGAAUGGGACCAUACCAUUCCCCUUAUGGAAGGAAAGCAGCCUCCACGGGGACCGAUAUAA